AUGGAUAAGAGCAAAAAAAGCACGCCGCCGAUCGACAGGCUCAGCUCCUUGCCAGACGACGUCAUCUGCAAAAUCCUCUCAUUCCUCCCGACGGUCGACUCCAUCACGACCAGCGUCCUCGCGAGACGAUGGAGGAAUCUGUGGGCUCACGUCCCCGUCUUAUACUUCCUCGAAAUCUACUUAGUUGACGAUGCGCUAAACCAGGUAUUAUCCGCUCACAAAAACCCCACCAUAGACACAUUUCUUAUUCACCUCGCAGAUACGUGCAAUUACGAUUAUUCCGACUUCGAGAAAUUGAUGGACACCGUCGUCGCCCGCAAGGUCCGCAAUCUCGAUGUUUUACUAUAUACGAAGUUGCCCCAAAUCAUCUUCUCCUGCAAAACCCUAGUCGAAUUGACUCUCGCUUCGUGCGACAUUCCGGAUUCUGGAGACGUGUCCCUGCCCGCCCUUAGGAAGCUUACACUCGAAAUUGUCAGCUAUGAAUCGUACAAGGCCCUCCCAAAUCUGCUUUCCGGGUGUCCGGUUCUUGAGGAGUUGGAAAUCGAGACGGGGUAUGAUGAAAAUCAUUCUACUUAUUGUGAUGUAGCUUCACUCACUCUUAAGCGUCUGUCAAUCAGUGGUAACAUUACCGAAAAUACCAGUAUGGAAUACUAUGACCUUUACGAUGCUCUCCUAUGCGAGUCAAUGCUGGACACUCCUGCCCUUAGGUUUCUCCGAUUGUAUCGUGUUUCGCCUCCGAAGGUCUCGGCCCGUUCACUGGUUUCAUUGACCGAAGCAAAAGUUGAUUUUAAUUUCGGGAUACAAAUGCGACCUUCUUCGAGGUCUGUGUUGGAGUUUGUGGGUAAGCUUUGCGGUGUGCGGAGUCUGACACUGUCAACUGGUUUUAUGAAUAUCACCGAUUCUGAAUUCUCUAUUUUGAAUGUUAAGUUUCCUAAUUUGACCAAGCUUGUGUUGAGGGAGGCUCAUGAGGGCUUUGUGUCGGUUUUUCUUGAAAAAGCUGAUAAUCUUGAAGUUCUGGCCAUCACAUUGCUUUAUCGGCUCGAAGUGGAGGAUCUGAAUUACUGGGUGGAACCGAAACAUGUGCCGACAUGCCUAAUAUCACAUCUUAAAUAUGUUGCAAUGUAUGGAUUUAAAGGUGUGGAACCUGAGCUUGACAUGGCAAAAUAUUUGUUGAGGAACUCAAAAGUCUUGAAGAGUUUUAAAAUAAAGCCCCUAAGCCAGCAGCUGCGUUUGAAGGGAAAGUUUGAAGAGCUCAAAAAGGUACUGCUUGAGCGAGGCUCUGAUGCGAGUCGGAUUAACUCCCAUUGA